AUGUCAUCACAAGAGGAUGCAAUCAUAAAAAAUGCUGACAUGGACUCAGCGAUGCAGAAGGAUGCUGUGAGUGUAGCAACUGAGGCCUUUGAAAAGUUCAGCAUUGAAAAGGAUGUCGCUGCUCACAUCAAAAGGGAGUUCGACAAACGAUAUGCACCCAACUGGCACUGCAUUGUGGGCAAAAACUUUGGCAGCUAUGUAACUCAUGAAGCAAACCAUUUCAUUUACUUCUACCUCGGAAACACGGCUGUCCUCCUUUACAAGGCAGGGUAG